AUGGCCGUGUCCAAGUACGCCUCGCUGCCCGACGUCGACACCUCCGGCCUCGAGGCAUUCGAGACGCCCGACGUCGUCUCGCCCGGCGUGCGUCGCGUGCGCACCUACGACGACAGCGACGCCGAUGACGACGACGACGACGACAGUGAGGCAGCAGAGGAGCGCACAAGGGCCGCAGCAGCACGUGGCCAGAGGGCGGGUGCAGAGGAGAUUGAUGGCGCCACGCUCGAUGUGCGCGAGGCACAGAGACGCUUCGAGAGCAGUGCCGGCGUCGACGCGGCGCAAGCGGACUUUUCCCAAUCCAUCGCGCCUCGUCGCAAGUCCAAGGCCAAGCCGCGCGGCGGCGCACGUUCUCCCUCUCCGCACACGUACGAAUCGCGCGGCUUCGCCUCCUUUUCCCCUGCGGCUGCCUCUGCCUCUGCCUCUUCUUCUGCCGAAUCGCGCGCCGCACGCCUGCGGCGCCUGCAGGCCGAGGCAGCCGAGCUGGCGGCAGACCUGGCAGAGACGCACGCACGCGAGGGAGGCAGUUAUGAAGAUGUCGUCGCGCCUCCCAACGGCGCGGCAGAGGCAAGCUCGACGACGGAGAUGAUGCGUCAAGUGCAGGCGCUGCGUCAGGCGUUGGGCGCCGCCUCUGUCUCUGCUGCUCAGGGCGAGCAGACGGAGCAGCACGAAAACACGCGCAACUAG